AUGUGGUCCACUCUGCUGUUACCGCUGCUGCUGCUGCACUUCAGCAAUCUGCCUGCCACACUCGCCCUGGCCACGGCCCAUGGCGGCCUAACGGUAAUCGAGGGAUCCAGCACCAGCACCAGCACCAGCACCAGCUCAACAACCACCAGCAGCACUAGCAGCUUGAGCGGCUCCUCCCCCUUUGGAAGCGGGAGUGGGAGUGGGAGUGGAAGUGGGGGUGGAAGUGGCAGCGGUCAACGGAAGCGUCAUCGCAAGAGGAACAGCAGCUGGUCGGAUUAUCGCAACUACAAUGAGAAUACCACGGCCCUGGAGUGGAUGAAUCCCUGUGGUGGCUCCUAUUACACGCCAUCCUCCACAGAGCGUCGUCGUGCCCAUCGUCCCAAGCAGAUCUUCAAUCAAUUGAAGCGCGCCGCCGGAACGGAGUAUCGCAUGCUGAACAACAGCCAGGAGCAGAAGGGCAUCGAUAUCAGGAAUAUGCAGAUGUGGUCGCUGCACAAUCCCAACUACAAGUUUCUGCCCAAGCUCAAGCCCAAUUCAACGAUCGCUUUGAAGCGCUGGUAUCGCAACAUGCAGACUUAUGUGGCAAGUUUCGCGUACUUGCGUCGGGUGCAGGUCAACUGGGAUCGUCAUUAUCUGAAGCGCGAGUCGCCCAUUGCCAAGGAGCUGAAGAGUCUGCUGUUCAGCUCGAGGAGCAUGCUCUGUGAACUGGAACAGGCCGUCAAUCGCACCUAUCCGGCACCGCCACCGCCACCGCCAACGGCUAAAGCGACACUCAAGCAGCGUCGACAGACGCAGCUGCCACAAAUCUCGCGCAAUGAUAUGAACAAGCGUCUCAAGCUGCGCAGCAAGCGUCGUCCACUGCCGGCGUCCGCGUCGCCAGCAACAGCAGUAACAACGGCAACGGCAACGGCAACAGCAACGGCAACAUCAGCAACUACUAUCGUUGAGGCAGACUCAAUUGAUAUGCGAUUUGUGAAGCAUCAUUAUUAUGAGUUUCUGCGUACCAUGUGGCAGCUGCUGCGGCGCGACAGUAAGCGCGAGCGUCAGCAGCGGCGGCAGCGACAGCAGCGUCGCCAGCAGCGUCAGCGACAGCAGCAGCCGACGUUGCAACAGCAGCAACACCAGCUGUGGCAGCAACAGCCGCAAGAGCAGCAACAGCAGCAGCGGAUGCAGCUAUCGCUGGCAAACGCUGGCAAUCGCAACGAAUUCAAUGAGGUGUCCAAGCCCAUGUAUGCCAGGGAUGCCAGGGAUGCCAGGGAUGCCAGGGAUGUCAGUGCUUCCGCCUCCGCCUCCCACGCAACGACUGGACGACGCGGACGUGGCAAGCGCCAGCAGCCGCUAUCGACAACUGCAACAUUAUCAUUAUUAUCAUCAUCAUCAUCUGCGUCCAAGUUACCGUCUGCGUCUGCGUCUGCGUCAGCGUCAGCAGCAACACUUCGACACCAGCGCCGCGUGCUGCGCACGUGAAAUCACCACAACUACAACAACAAAAUGAAAACAA